AUGAUUGCUGGAAGGGGGAGAAGGAUACGCCCCCCAAGACGGGGCCUGGGUACUAGCGAUGCAGUUGACUUUGACUCGAUGUGGGAUGUCUUAGCCUCCUCACUUCGAGAAAUACACACCAAGAACGCCUCUAAGCUGUCGUUCGAGGAGCUCUACCGCAACGCCUACAAGCUUGUGCUCAAGAAGCGGGGUGAGACCCUUUACAUCAGGGUGAAGGAGUUCGAAGCAGAAUGGCUCGCAAACGAGGUGCAACCAAGGAUCAUAGAAGAGCUCUCCCAGACCCUCCUCCUCGCAACAUCUGGAACACAAAUGAUUGCCACAGCCAAUGAGAAAAGAGUUGCAGGAGAGAAGUUACUGAGAGCUCUGAAGCAAGCAUGGGAGGAUCACAAUCUUUGCAUGAAUAUGACUACUGAUGUCCUGAUGUAUAUGGAUCGUGUUUACUGUAAAGAUUUUCGGAAACCGUCGAUAUUCUCUGCCUCCAUGGGGCAGUUUCGCGAUCACGUACUGAGAACUCCUCUCUCUGACAACCCUGAUGACCAAAUUAGCAUUGCCCAUAUCCUCAAUGCCGUUAUGUUGGAUCAAGUGCAAAUGGAUCGAGAAGGCGAUAUAGUCGACAAAUCACUCCUGAAAUCCUGUGCCUACAUGCUAGAGGGUCUUUACGAAACAGAAGAUGAGGAUGAGUCUACUAAGCUGUACCUCACAAGCUUCGAGCCUGAAUUCCUAAGAGCGAGCGAAGAAUUCUACCGCCUAGAAGGCGCCAAACUAUUAUUAGAAGCAGAUGCCGGGACGUUCUGUAAAGAUGCUAGGAAACGAGUCAACGAAGAAGAGGACCGAUGCAGAUCGACUCUGUCUCCAUUGACCUUGACGAAGGUCAAAAGCGUGGUCGAAACUGAGCUCAUCAAGAAAAAUCUCCCGGAAGUAAUAGCGCUUGAGGCCAGUGGCGUCAAGUACAUGCUGGACAAUGAGCGGCUCUUGGAGCUUGAGUUAAUAUACGAGUUGAGCGCAAGGGUCGAUCCGAAGAAAGAGGAGCUGAGGAAGGCCGUUCAGGCUCGCAUUCUAGAGAUGGGAAACGAUGUGAACAAAGCUACCGCUGCUGCAACGCAUACUCUACCAAAACCCUCGGACCAAGACGGCGACAAAGCUGAGGGGGAGGAAAAGGCAUCAGAAAAGCCAGUAAGCCAGCAAACCACAGCAGCCAUCAAAUGGGUCGAUGAUGUUUUGCAGCUGAAAGAGAGAUACGACCACGUGCUCACCGAAGCUUUCAAGUCAGAUCAAGGUUUACAAACUGCUUUCUCGCGCAGCUUUACGGACUUCAUAAACGCCUUUGAGAGAAGCUCUGAGUAUCUCUCACUCUUCUUCGACGAAAACAUGAAGAAGGGCAUCAAGGGUAAGACAGAGAACGAAGUUGAUCUGCUCCUGGACAAAGGUAUUACUUUACUACGGUACAUCCAGGACAAGGACAUGUUCGAACGAUACUACAAGAAGCAUCUGUCGAGACGGUUGCUGAUGAAGCGCUCCAUCAGCAUGGAUGCCGAGCGCCAGAUGAUAUCCAAGAUGAAGAUGGAGGUUGGGAACACGUUUACGCAGAGGAUCGAAGCAAUGUUCAAAGAUAUGGCUGUCUCCGCAGAUCUCACGUCCAACUACAAGAGGCACGUGGCUGAACUGGGAGAUCCUGAUCCAAAGAGGGCGGAAAUCGAGGUCAACGUUCUGACCAGCACGAUGUGGCCGCUCGAAGCUAUGGCGCCCUCUUACAACGACGGAGAGGAUCGACCACGAUGCAUCUUCCCACCCCAGAUUGAGAGAAUCAAACAAGGCUUUGAGAAGUUCUACCUCGACAAACAUAGCGGACGCCAACUUACCUGGCAGGCAAAUAUGGGUACUGCAGAUCUCCGAGCCUACUUCCCAGAAAUGAAAGGGGCCAAGAAGACAAGAGAGAUCAAUGUAUCGACGUACGCGAUGGUCAUUCUUCUUCUGUUCAACGAUCUACCUCCAGGCGGGUUCAUGACGACGGAAGAGAUUCAGGCACGAACGAACAUACCCCUCAACGAGCUGACUCGAAAUCUUCAAUCGUUGGGCGUGGCGCAGAAGACGAGAGUCCUCCGCAAGGAGCCUAUGAGCAAAGACGUCAAGAUUGAUGACAAGUUCUACUUUAACGAGACGUUCUACUCGCAAUUUCAGAAGUUCAAGAUCGGCGUGGUCACGAGUGGCAAUAAGGUAGAGGACUCUCAAGAGCGCUCAGAGACAGAGAAGAAGAAUAAUGACACUCGGGGGGGUGUGAUUGAAGCUGCUAUUGUGCGGAUCAUGAAGCAACGCAAAGAAUUGUCCCAUCAGAAGCUGAUCGCCGAAGUGAUCCAGCAACUGACAGCAAGAUUUAUGCCAGAUGUCAACAUGGUAAAGAAGCGAGUUGAAAGUCUUAUAGAGAGGGAGUAUCUGGAGCGAAUUGAGGACCGAGAGCCAGCAGCAUAUCGGUAUUUGGCAUGA